UCUGGGUACAAUCAGCCAGCAUCAUCCACUGCCCGCCAUCACACACUCAGCGAGCACUGAACACCGCACACGGCCAUCCGCUUGGAGAGCUGUGACCACCGGCUGUUACUACCCCUUGCCCAGAGAGUUGUGAGCACCGGCGCCACUGGUGCCUACCUAGAGGCUCUCAAUCACUGUCUGCUGCACUGGGUUGCGAUGCCUGAGUUCCUAGCUGUUGCUUCCUGGCGGUUCCUGAUCCUUCUAGCCUUCCAGGUUGGCGUGACCACCGGAGCCCUCCAGCCGUGGCGUUGUGCGCCCUGCACUGCUGAGAAGCUGGGCCUCUGUCCACCCGUGCCCGCUUCGUGCCCUGAGAUUUCCAGGCCUGCAGGCUGUGGCUGCUGCCCAACAUGUGCCUUGCCACUGGGCGCCGCUUGCGGCGUGGCCACUGCACGCUGUGCCCAGGGACUCAGCUGCCGUGCGCUUCCUGGGGAGCCUCGUCCCCUGCAUGCCCUCACCCGAGGCCAGGGAGCCUGUGUACCAGAGCCCGCUGUACCUGCUACAGGAACCUUGUCCAGCACUGAGCGCAAAGACGAAGAAGCAAAGGCUGCUGUGGCCCCUGAGGAUGAGGUUCCCGAGAGCCCAGAGAUGACUGAGGAGCAGCUAUUGGAAAGCUUCCACUUGAUGGCCCCCUCCAGUGAGGACCGGCCCAUCCUGUGGAAUGCCAUCAGCACCUACAACAGCAUGCGGGCCCGACAGAUCGCCGACCUCAAGAAAUGGAAGGAGCCCUGCCAACGAGAGCUCUAUAAAGUGCUGGAGAGAUUAGCUGCAGCUCAACAGAAAGCAGGAGAUGAAAUCUACAAAUUUUAUCUGCCAAACUGCAACAAGAAUGGAUUUUAUCACAGCAAACAGUGUGAGACAUCACUGGACGGAGAAGCGGGUCUCUGCUGGUGUGUCUAUCCGUGGAGUGGGAAGAAGAUCCCUGGGUCUCUGGAGAUCAGAGGGGACCCCAACUGUCACCAGUAUUUCAAUGUACAUAACUGAAGACUUCCACAUACGCUCUCUCACACAAGAUAUUUAAGUAUAUAGUAUAUUUAUAGUCCGGAGCACACCAUUUUAUAUAUGUGUAUAUGUAUAUAACCAGGAACUACUUUUUAUACUCCACAUACUGCUUGAUAUAUAAAGUUGGUUCAUAUUUAUUCACUGUAAGUUUAUGUUUUUCUACACAGUUACUUGUGCUAUAUUAAUUUAUAUACCAUGAAGCGCUUCUCAUCACCGUAUAUGUAAAUAGUGUGUCUCAGCUCCCACACCCAUUCUUCUGUUUUGAAAGGGCAGCGCGAUACUGCCUAGAACAUGCACAAGUCAGUUUGAGGUAGGGGGUUCUCCAGUGGUCUUAAGGAGAGGAGUCAGCCAGUGAUCUGCUCUCUGCAGCCACGGAUCUGGGUCUGAUGCCCAUUUGUCGGGGCAAGUUGAGAUGUUGACUAUGUAAUCAAAGCUAAGUGUGGAAACGUGCGUCGGGUGCAUUUUAAACUGCACAUCUGGAAUAAAUACUCUACCUGGAAA